AUGGCCGCCGUGGCAUCCUUCACCGAAACAAGAAACAGCACGGACAAGAUUGUUACCGAAUGUGGAUUUGCCGGCUACUAUGAAAACGUUCAUUCACGACAAAAAUCUUUCAUUGUCCUAUUGGUCAUCAAAUCAUUUCAAAAGCUGCGGUGCGAUAUUGCGAGGACGAAGCCAGGGCAGAAGCUCAGACCGAUCAAGUGUGUCGCGAACGUACAAAAGCAACUUGACUUUUGCUACGAAAUGCUCUUAGAUGCAGGCCUCAUCCGCCAGGAGGGCGACUCAUACAUCCGGACCGAAACACCAAUUCCUACUGGAAAUCCAAAAGAAACGCUUGAGCAAAUUCUCAACGAUUUCCCAACUUACAUAUCUUUGAACAAGCUUGUGGCUCAUGCCGGCAACAACCUCGCUGAGAUCUACGUGGGCCGCACAGAUGGCGUCCGAUCGAUUUUUGGGUCACCAGAGGGGCGCGAGUAUCUCGAAGAUAUCUACGGUGCAGCGCAUCCAAGCAAGGCUUUUCAAAAGCUCAUGGAGGACUUCAUGAGCCGCUUCAUCAAAACUGUCACCAUUCCCCACGGCUCCAAGCUCAAGAUGCUCGAGCUUGGUGCUGGAACAGGGGGUACAGCCAAAUGGCUGGCCCCGUUGCUUACUCGAUCGGGAGUUUCCGUCGAGUAUACCUUCACCGAUAUAGCCCCCGGUUUCAUUGCUCAGGCCGCGCGCAAGUUCCAAGACUACCCGUUCAUGAACUACCGAACACACGAUAUCGAGAAGCCCCCGCCCGUAGACCUCGCGGGUACGCAGGACGUAGUCAUCGCCGUCAACGCAGUCCACGCCACCCCCGACAUGGUGAAGUCGCUCACCAACACCCGGCAGUUUCUACGACCUGGCGGGUUUGCGCUGGUGAUGGAGGUGCAGGAGCGUUUGUGCUGGGCUGAUUUUGUGUUUGGACUGUUUGAGGGAUGGUGGUUAUUCAGCGACGGGAGAAAGCAUGCGACGGCGGAUGAGAUGGUAUGGCGGGAUGCUUUCAUGGCAGCCGGCUUUGAUUAUGUUGAUUGGACUGGAGGGGACUUGCGGGACUCUGGGCUGCAGAGAGUUUUCCUGGCGAUGGUGCCAGGCUCGUGA